CAACAAUACGUCUUCUUCUGAAAAUAUAAUUAAUUAUUACAAAAAAUAAUAAUUAAAAUUAAAUGAUAAGAAUAUACCAAGCACGAUUUAGUCAGCAAACACGUCUUCCAUUUAAUUUUUCAAUCACGACAAUCAUCAACAAGUACAAUCCUCGCGUUUCCACUUUCCCCUUGGAUCAACGAAAACCCAUCAUCAUCAUCAUCCAUGGAAUCGAUCAACUUCAUCAAAGGCUACGGCAAAGUAAACUCCUUAGACGACCACCCCAAUCCUCCGGCCAACCACCACCGCCGCCGCUUCAGAAUCAUCGCCGUCUCUCUCGCUGUCUUCCUGACCCUCAUCAUCGCCUUGCUCGUCGCGGCCCUCAUCCACGAGUGCGCCACGGAGUCAGAUGAACCCGAGCCGUCCCAACUCGCCGCCAACCCGGCCGAGCCGCUCCAGACUCCCCUCAAUUCCCCGCCCUCCAACAACCCUUUGCGCUUCUUCAACCUCUCUCUCCACGCCAGUGAGCUCGAGGUAUCGAGCCUAAAAAAUCUACUCACUGAGCCGACGGCCGAGCCGGCCAUGAAGGACUGCGCCGAGCUGUUCGACGACGCGGCGAGUCAACUACGGAGGUCGGCCGAGUUGAUCUGUGUCGGCAGUGGGGAGAAGGCGUUGACUGAGAUGAAGAUCAGCGAUUUGCAGACGUGGAUCAGCGCUGCCAUGACUGAUCAGGAAACGUGCCUUGAUGGGCUCGCGGAGACAGGAUCGACGGCCCUGGAUGAGUUCAAGUUGAAGGUGCAGAAGUCGCAGGAGUACAUGAGCAACACCUUAGCAGUUCUCAAUAAUAUUCAAAGCCUUUUCGACAAGUUUGGCCUCACAAUGCCCUAAUCAAGCAACCAAUCGAGAGUUGACGUUUGUCAUUUGCUUUUCCGUUUUGUAUUAUUGUGUGUUAUUAUGAUUGUGUAUAUGUACUAAAAAAUUACUAUACUUAUUUUUACAAACUACAUGAACUCUCAACAUUCUCUCUUCUCUCUCACACACUAGCACACCAUAUCUUACACACACAAAAAUUCUAGACACCAUGCAAACGACCGGCAAUGGACGAGGGACAUCGGUCGGCGAGGAGGAUGAUGAAGACGACGGGGGUCGUGGGAAGAAGGACUGUCGCGAUACUAUUUGUGAAAAACAGGUGCUGAUUUGUGAGGAAGAUGAAGAGUCGCUAGCGAAAAGCAAUGUUUUGAUGACGAUUGAGGCUUCUCUAGGCGUUACAGAGAUCGGGGAUGAACUUCAGACGAGGAAAGACCCAACUUUGGAUGGAGACGAGGAUGAUUUAAUGCACCGCCCCCCAAUUAGGGUUUGACGGCGCACAUGAGAACGAUGUCAAUGGAGGACAGCAAUCACCGGCAUUUAACAUUCAGAAAUUCUUGCGCCUCGCCCAUUCAAUCAUCAAUGUCGGCAACGAGACUGGAAAGGCGGCGCUGGCGAUUUAACGUUGCUCUAUCUAUAAAGGAGUAGAACUCCUUAUUAUGGCUUUUUUAGAAAUUUUAGGGAGGUACCUCUCUCCGCUGUAACUAUUUUUGUGUAUUUUAAUAUAAAAGUACU